AUGCUAUGCAAAAUCGGUAAAUAUAACUGGGAAUAAUUACAUACCACACCCAAUUUUUCCGAUGCCCUUGCUUUCCACAAACGAAUAUUCAUUUCAUCACUGCCACUAAUAAUAUAUUUAUUAUCAAGCGACCAUCCCAUGCACGUUAAUCUUUGCAUGCGUUUUGUAUGAUAAAUUUCUCGAGAAUGACCUUUAUUUGCUUCAAAAAUGCGAAUAGAUUUGUCGUAGCUACCAGAUACAAAUUCUUUACCAGUUGGUGAAUAAUCUACAUCAAUUACAGCUGCUAUAUGAUCCAUGUGCACAUUUACUGGUGUUUUCAAUUUACGAAUGUCAUAGGUAUAGAGACUAGAAUGAUAAGAUAAAAAAAUAUAUUAUGCUCAACUUCUUUCUGUAAUUUCAAACGAUACGAUAUAACAUUUUUCUUAAACUUACUUGUAAUCUUCAUUGGCACACGUGAAAGUAACAGCCUCCAUGGGAUUCCAAGACAAUUUAUUAGUUCUUAAUCUCAUAAACAUUUUCUGCAAAGGCCCUGUUUCUCUGGCGUCAUAUAGAAUUAUACUACGAUCACUUGCACAGGCAGCUAUAAAAUUUAUGUAUAUUUACAAUAUUGAAAUAUGAUCAUUGCUAGAUGUAACAACCAAUAAUUUUUACCAAAUAAAUUAGACUGAACAGGAUUGUAUUUAAUAUCGUAUAAACUGUCAACACCCCAUUUAAAUGUUUGAAUUGGUUCAUUCCUAGUCUCUUCCCAUAAAUGACAUACUUCGCCACAUGUUGCAAAUAUUGGUUGAGUUUGAUGAUGUGAGAUUCCAGUUAUUAUAGUCUAUAAAAUAUUCAGAUAUUAUGAAUCAGUACAUAGCAAAGUAAUAUUUAUUUUCUUUAGUUUUUGAUAUCCUACUUUACUAAUAACUGUAUUUAUAGGUUCUUCUUGACUAAACGACGAAUUUCCCAACUUCCAAGUUUUAAUAGUUUUAUCAUCACCAACAGAGAUAAAAUUUUCACCACUUAGGCUGAAUACAAUUCCACGUAUUAUGCCAUCAUGUGCCAAAAAGUUCCAUAUACAUGUUCUAUGUGUAAGAUUCCACAGUCUUAUUUCUCCAUCGAAAGCUCCACUAAGUAUAGUAGACAACCGAGAAGGAUGCUUACAUAAACAAGACACACCAUCCUUAUGGCCUUCUAAACAUCCUAUGAAAGGUUUAGCAAAUACUUUAUCUAACUUUACUGAAUUUAAAGCCCUUAAUGCUCUGUAUAAGAUUAACAAGGCAAUUUAAAUUAUUAAGGAUACGGCAAUUACAUUUGACUUCUAUAAAAAAUGAAAAUAAAGUUAGUGAAACAUCUAAAACUACUGAACCGUCACAAUCUACAGUUAAGAAGGAAAAGGUUGACUUUUAUAUGAAAAAAUUUUGCUUAGGACCACCUAUGCACGCUGUAUCUAAUUUCGAUAAAAGAAUAUUGGUUUGGGUCAAACGAUUUCCCAGUAUUGAUCAAGUACCAGAUUAUGUCUCUUAUCAAUGUUUACAACAUGCACAUACUAAGGCAAGAAUUCGUGUAUGUUUUAUGAUGAUGAUUGUUGGAAUAGGUAUUUGUAUUACAGCUAUAAUAGUUGGAAAAAGAGAAGUUGCUAGUGGAAAAAAUAUAGCAACAGAAAGAAUGAAAUGGUAUAUGGAGAUAAAGAAAAAAGCUGAGGAAGAAAAAAGAAAUGCUGAAAAAGUACAAUAAUGUUUCACUUGGUAAUACAUAAUGAUUAAAUUUUUUUUUUUUUAGUAAUAUUUGAAACAUUUUCUUGACUAACUGUUUUCGUUUUUUAUCAUUUCUUAAUGUUAUUAAUUUAUUACAAAAAAUAGUUUUAUGCGAUAGAUAUUGCUCCAGUAACACGAUUCAAGAUGUGUAAAUUAUGUAUAAUAAGUAUCACGUAUUACUUUAAUAAUUUAAUAUAUUUUUGUAAUAAGUGCAAAUUAGAUCAUAAUAAUUUUGAAAUGUUGAAACUUAAUACUCUAUAUAUAUAAAGAUAUUGUAUUAAACGAAGGAACAGAUCUAAAAAUAUUUUAAAGUUCCUCAAUUUAAUAUACGUAAUCUGUGUAUGAAAAAUUAUAACAAACAUAAUAUAAUUGUACUACAUAAAUGCAGUAACUAAAUAUAUUUGUAAUUAAAUUUACAAUCAUACAAAAAAGUGAUAUUUCAUCAUCAUCAAAGUAUUUUCAAAAUUAACAACAAUAUUAAAUUUCUAUAUUUGGUGGCUUGUAAAAGCUACGGCAUUUUUUAUAGUAAACAUCAACUGUAUGAUCCUUCACAACUUCUUCUACGUUUAACUCUGCUUGCAAUAAUCGCACAGUAUUUUGUUCUUUCCUCAAUGCUUUGAGAAGUUGCAGACUAUCAUUGCCAUUGUCUCUUUCAAAUUUUAGUUGCUUCACUUUUUCCUUCGAUGCAUUUAAACAUCUCGUAAUGGCCAGUUCUCUUGUUUUAUGGCCUGUUUGAAUUUGUUCAUAUAAAUCUUUACAUCUUUCAGUAGGGUCAGCUUGCCCUUUGAAUGAUUCUGUUGGAAGUAUAGUAUUGAGCAUAUAA